AUGGAAUCUCGACUUGCCCGAUUCGCAUGUGACUUUUGCCGACACAAGAAACUCAAAUGCUCUCGGCAAUUACCCAAGUGCAGCAAUUGCAAGCCUUGGCCCAGUAGUUGCAACUAUCUACGUGACAAGUCCUCUUCCACCCCACCAGCCCCUAAUCCCAUAUCACAAGUGCUGGAGCCGCAGAGUAUCUUUGAUGCACGACUUCAACGCCUCGAAAACACGGUACAACAGUUGGCGGACUCGGUCGAUCGAGUCUUGCAGGCUAUUCGACCCGUUUCUUCUGGGAAAGGUACCCGGAAGCGACCCUCAUCUACGCAAUGUCCCAUAUCCCAGAAUACUAUAUCGGACUCGAGUCUAUAUAUCGGCCCGUCGAAUUCAUUUUCAUUCCUGACGGAAGCAUCGGCUAAGAUCGAUUCAAUCGCCCAGCCAGUGGGCCAUGAUACGCGCCAGAGUGCCCACUCAGAGCUCCAAUAUCUCUCUAGUAGCCUCACUACGGCGCAUGUCGAGCAACAAAAGAAAGAAGACUCAGCUUCUUUCUUCAUACCCUCCAGUGCCACCGGAUAUCGCUUGAUCAGCCAAAUAUUUGGCUAUGCUGAGCUGGGUGAACCCUUUUUCAUUCUUCCACCUGAAGAUAUUCUAAGACAGGUCGUCUUUGAACCGCAAAAUGUCCGUGAGAAAGCAUGGGUCGUGUUCUUCAACUACAUGAUAUUAUCAGUCAUCUCAAACGAGAACGGUGAAAGUGACGAGACAACCCGGUUCCGUCGUAAUAUGCAACUGGCCCUUAAUGACAGCAGCAUCUUUCUCGAGCCACGUCAUGCAAAUGUGCAAGCUCUGGCUUUCCUAGCAAUGCAUGGCGAGGACUAUGCGGCACCUAAUCUCUCUUGGAUGUUACUGGGGCAUGCAUGUCGACAGGCCGAGGCUCUCGGAAUGCAUUCACCUACCCAUCAAGCUCCUGAACAUCGACAGCAACGGCUCUGUCUAUUUUGGCUGCUUUUCCUUAUUGACAAGUCAUGUUCUCUUGCGUUCGGUCGACCGGCUUUCCUUCCCACGGCCUUGUAUGAGAAUGUUCCUUUACCAGACCAGAACUUCAUAUUGAAAUUUAAUCCGCAUGAGCGAGCGGCAUUUGGAGGCCAGCAAGGAGCUUCAAAGGGAUCUAGAUUUGGUGCUGAGGUCUUGAUACGAUCUAUCCAGUGGGCUAAACUUGCAGGAGUGCUUUCGGAUCUUCUAUCAACUGGCAACUCAUCGAAUGCAAGGGUUGAGAUACGAUCAGAGUUGGAGAAAUGGCAUCUGGAGACAGAACGGGCGUUGACAGAGAUUCUCAGAGUUGAAAGCGUGUCAGCAGAUGCCAGCCAGACUCGGGAGAUGUAUCUCGGCAUCAGCAGCAUCAGAUUUCAGUAUCUACAUUCUCUUAUCCUCUUGCUGAAAGGCGAUGAGUCUUCAUCGGCCCUUCGCUUAUUCUCUGCUCGUGAAGCUAUCUCGACAUUGAGCUCUAUGGUCUCAAAUUGGAGUUCUGUAUACAACGGUGUGGUCUGGCAACUUCUAUAUUGCCCCUUCACCCCAUUUUUCGUGGUAUUUGACAACAUCAUCCACCCACAAAACUAUCAUACUUCGACAAUCGAACAAGACCUCGGACUUCUAUCCGCAACUGUCAAUUACUUCAGGGCGAUGCAAUCCCAGAUGCGGUUGCUAGCCACCGUCUGCUCAAGGCUCGAGCACACCGCAUCUAUUUUUCUCAAACUGGCACAAAAUCAUGUUUCCUAUCGCGCAUCGACCAAGACAGCUGCGCCGCCGGCACCCUAUAAGCAAACAUUAGGCAAUCAAAACCACAGCCACAGUCAGACCCUUGCAGAUCUGAUGGAUCCCGAUGUGGGUGACUUGAACGUGGCGAACUAUGUUGAAUGGCUCCCCGCAGAUAUGGACACUACAUGGCCCUUGCCUGAAGUUGAGAGGCACGAACCGGUUUCUUCUCGCCCUAGCGACCGAGGGCAGAUGUUGGGUAAUAUGUUUGAUUGGUUCUCAUGGGAUUCAUACUAUGCGGGAACUUUGGCAUGA